AUGGCCGGCAAAGUGCUCCUCACCGUGGGGCUGGUGUUCCUGGUCGGACGCACGUCGGCAACUGAAGACUUUCCGGAUUUGACUGAAGAAGAGGCAAGGGACAUGAUUGAAAAAGUUGACCAGGAGCCCAGGCUGGAUGGGGUUGAAGAGAAAAUAUUGAAAGAAGAACGGAGUUUUGGAACAGGAUGGCAACAGAUUGACGGAGGGCUAAAGUUCGUGUCGGUUGGCCAAUCAGGCGUUUGGGGAGUGAACAGUGGCGAUCAAAUCUACUACAGAACUGGAACUUACCAGAACGAAGCCUCUCCGGGCACGGGCUGGGUACGCAUCGAUGGCGCCCUAAAACAGAUCUCUUCCGGAAACAACAUUGUGUGGGGAGUCAACAGCAAUGACGACAUCUAUAUCCGAUUAGGAAUAAGUUCGAGUUCACCCCAAGGAACUGGCUGGCGCAAUAUUCCAGGAAAGUUGAAACAGGUGCAUGUCAGCUCGACUAGCAACCAAGUAUGGGGCGUAAACUCCGGGGAUGCGAUUUUUCGACGCACUGGGAUCACCGCAGGCAAUCCGGCAGGAACCGGCUGGCAGAAUAUUGGUGGGUUGCUGAAAUUCGUGUCGGUUGGACGAGCCGGCGUUUGGGGCGUCAACAGCAACGACCAGAUCUUCUACCGCACGGGAACGUCUGGUAAUGAGGCUUCAGCUGGAACUGGCUGGGUACAAGUCAGCGGUGGUUUGAAACAAAUCACGUCAGGGAAUGGCCAGGUCUGGGGUGUCAACAGGAACAACCAGAUCUACGUACGACGCGGUCUAAGUGCUGGCACACCUCAAGGUAGUAGCUGGCAGCUAAUCGAAGGGGGUCUGAAAGAAGUCUACAUCAGCUCUAGCAGCAAUCAAGUUUUGGGGUGUGAACACGGGGCGACAAAAAUCUACCGACGCCUCGGACAACAGACAGGCACAGGCACCGGAUGGCAACAGAUUGACGGAGGGCUAAAGUUCGUGUCGGUUGGCCAAUCAGGCGUUUGGGGAGUGAACAGUGGCGAUCAAAUCUACUACAGAACUGGAACUUACCAGAACGAAGCCUCUCCGGGCACGGGCUGGGUACGCAUCGAUGGCGCCCUAAAACAGAUCUCUUCCGGAAACAACAUUGUGUGGGGAGUCAACAGCAAUGACGACAUCUAUAUCCGAUUAGGAAUAAGUUCGAGUUCACCCCAAGGAACUGGCUGGCGCAAUAUUCCAGGAAAGCUGAAACAGGUGCAUGUCAGCUCGACUAGCAACCAAGUAUGGGGCGUAAACUCCGGGGAUGCGAUUUUUCGACGCACUGGGAUCACCGCAGGCAAUCCGGCAGGAACCGGCUGGCAGAAUAUUGGUGGGUUGCUGAAAUUCGUGUCGGUUGGACGAGCCGGUGUUUGGGGCGUCAACAGCAACGACCAGAUCUUCUACCGCACGGGAACGUCCGGUAAUGAGGCUUCAGCUGGAACUGGCUGGGUACAAGUCAGCGGUGGUUUGAACAAAUCACGUCAGGGAAUGGCGAGGUCUGGGGUGUCAACAGAAACAACCAGAUCUACGUACGACGCGGUCUAAGUGCUGGCACACCUCAAGGUAGUAGCUGGCAGCUAAUCGAAGGGGGUCUGAAAGAAGUCUACAUCAGUUCUAGCAGCAACCAAGUUUGGGGUG